CAUACGGGACACCGGAAAAUGAGCGACGAAGAACCUGAGGCGAAAAGAAUUCGUUUGGAUAAUGAAAGUGGUCCUCAGUACAGCACAUUUGCGCUUCGUCAAAUGGCAAAAAUGGGUCAUGUAGAAGGCAAAGGGUUGGGAAAACAUGAGCAAGGAAGAUCGGAGAUCGUAUCUCAAACCAAACAACUUGGACGACGUGGUUUGGGUAUGAACAUUGAAGGAUUUGAAGCUUCAGACGAGGGAUGGGUGUUUGAAGAGAUGAGUGACAGUAUGAAGGAGACACCUGAAUGGAUCCCGACAUGUCAACUUGUAAUUCCAACUUCUGAUGAAUUGUCCAAGUGGCCAGUGGAAGCUAAGAAGAAGCUAGUCAUUGAAGAUGAAACUAACUUUUGUAAUGAAGAGACUUUGCAGAGUGUUCUGGAAUGCAAGGCUGUGUUUGAUACUCUGGAGGGAGAUGAGUUUUUAAAGGCUCGCACUAGAGCCAAUCCCUAUGAGACAAUCAAAGGUGGAAUUUUUCAAAACAGAGCUGCUAUGAAAAUGGCUAAUAUUGACAGCUCUUUCCAUUUUAUGUUUACUGAGCCACUAGACUCAUAUCCGAAUGGAAAAAAAAUGGUUGGUCCAUAUGAUCUUCUUUAUUUUGCUGACAUUUGUGCUGCUCCGGGUGGAUUUUCUGAGUAUGUUCUUUGGCGCAGGCAGAGCAACAUGGCUAAAGGAUUUGGGCUCACACUAAAAGGAUCUGAUGUAAAUGACUUUAAAUUGGAUGACUUUUUUGCUGCUCCAGUGGAAUUUUUUGAACCUCACUAUGGUGUAAAUGGCGCACGAGGUGAUGGGGACAUCACAAAUGCAGACAAUCUGACUGCUUUUCGAGAGUUUGUUCUUUCUGAGACUGACAACAAGGGAGUUCAUUUUGUGAUGGGAGAUGGAGGUUUCUCAGUUAAAAACCAGGAGAAUAUUCAAGAGAUUUUGACUAAGCAACUAUUACUUUGUCAGUUUCUUUGUGCACUGUCAAUACUAAGAGAAGGUGGCAAUUUUGUGUGCAAAACAUUUGAUUUGUUUACACCAUUCAGUGUGGGCCUUAUUUACUUGCUCUACAGAGUGUUUGAUCGUAUAUGCAUCUUCAAGCCUGUGACCAGCAGACCGGCCAAUUCAGAAAGGUAUGUAGUUUGUGAAAGACUGAGAAAGGGUGCCAGUGCAGUACACGAGUAUAUGUUCACAUUGAAUUGUCGCCUUAAUGAUCUCAAGGAAUCAAGGUGUGACGUAUUAGAGGUAGUUCCAUUGGCACACUUGCUUUCUGACCAUUCAUUUACAUCCUACAUGAUAGAAUCAAAUGAAAAAAUUGGCAAGGCUCAGGUCAAGGCUCUUACAAAACUAAGAAUAUUCGUCCGCAAUACGGCUUUAGCAGAACCGAAUCAGGCUGAAGUGAGAAAGAGGUGCCUUGAGCAAUGGAAGGUUCCUGAUGAAGCUCGGGCAGCUCCUCCAAAGUUGGAUGCAGCAACAACAUUUCAAGAGCUUUGGGGCAAAGAUGCAGAUAUUCUAUGGCAGUCUAUACCAUCAGCAAAGCUAGAAGUCAUGUCUAAUGUGUAUGAUUGGUGUUGCAAUAUUGUGGGAGGCCAAAGAUUGAUUCUCUUAGGAUUAGGAAGAAAUCAUGUUUACACAUGCCAGUGUGAUGAAAGUGGAUCAAGGAGGAACUGGAGUAGGAUGCAGGAGCUACAGCAAUUGGAGUUGCCAAGAAAGACUCUUCUUGAAAUUGACUUAGUCAAGGAGUACCAGGGAGAACGCAAAGGACAAAAACACAAGCACACUGUAUAUAUUAUUGAUGCAAUGGUGAUAUUUGGCAAAGAUGUGAAGCACAAACAUUACAGAGACAGGUUGAAGUUGGCUAGGAAAUUGGCAAAUGCUGUAAAUAAACCAACGAAACCGAGCAUAGUCACUGUUCGAGUGCACGAAGUGUUUAAGUUGACUGCUAUAGAUAAACUGUUUUCAAGGUUAUGUUCUCGCCGUGUGAAAAAUCGUACCAAUCCAUGUCUGGCAUAUACAGUUGACGACAGAUUCUUUUGUCCAAAAGGCUUGUUCUUCUUCAAGCACUUGAGCGGAUCUUGGAGUGAGCAGUUAAGUAGGACGAGCGGCAGACCCUACUUUUUCAAUUGUGAACAAAAAGUUUCAUUGCCUGAACCUCCACCAGCAGAAGCACUUGCCUCAUACAGGGAAUGUUUGAUGAGUCGAAUCACGUGGACUUGGGAUGAACAUAACUUUAAUUUACACUCAGACCUCGUGAAAUCAUCAAAUACAAGCAAGUCAGCCACUAAACCAGAUUCUAUUAACAUGUCACAGAUAAGUAAAGAGGCUCUGAUGGAACAUAUCAGACAACAUACAGCUCUUUAG